GGUGCUUUAUGAGAUAUAUUAAUUUUUCCAUUCUGGAAAUAUAUGUAAAAACGUGCAUACGCAAAAAUAUAGAAUGGGAUUACUUGGAUGUUCAAUAUAUUUAUUUACUUUUUAUUUAUUGUUCUUCAAUGUAAAGCUUACAUAUGGAAACACGAAACUGGUUCAUUCAGAGAACAUUGCAUGCCACAUAUUAAAGAACUCGCACAAGAAUAAUGAUUCCUUCCAAAUAGUCAGUUUAAAAGAAGACAACGGCCUUUUGGAUUUACUAAACGUGUCUAAAGAGAGUAUUAAUUUGUAUACCAUUUUGCCAAAACCUAGUAACAAUUUGAUUGGACGAUGGAGAGGUUAUUAUGGAUUGUUUCAUGUAAGUUUUAACAUUAAAGAAAACGUGGUGCCUGGUGGAUGUUCUGGCGAACACAGCAGUAUUUCGAACGUACAGAGAAAUCUAGUUGAUGUAAUAACAAGUAACAUAUUAAAGAAAAGAAAUGCUGUUCAAAGUAUUCAAAUUGUGACUAGUGAGGUCUCCAGAAAUCUUUCAGUCUACAAGAUAAUAGUUGACCAAUUCAGAUGGAACAAUGUGAAAACCUCACGUUUCCAUUUUCAAACUUAUUAUAAUUAUGAAUUCGUCAACCUUUUAGAUCGCCUGAGCGAUCGAUCAGUUGUUUUUUUAAUGUUGUGGAAAUGUGAGAUUCUACUGUUUUUGGAUAUUUUGCAGAAAUAUAAUCUCCCUGAAGGAAUUUUAUGGAUAGUACCAAGUGCAAGCGACGAUAUUUCAAAAAGAUAUCCUGGUAUACAUGUUGUUGAUGCUAGGAAAUUACUGGUUAAUUGUCAAAAACAAAUAUCCUUUAAAGAAAGUGUCACGUGUUCUGUUUAUGCUCCAGGUCAGACCUUACAAGAAACAUCAUGUAAAAAUACAAUAGACUUACCAAAGGACCACACAAAACGCAAGUUAAGAGUUUUUACAGUACUUGCCCCUCCAUUUGCAGUUGAAGUUCCAGACAAUCUUAUCGCUUCAGAUCAACAUAUUUGUUUUAAUUCAGUAACAUGUAACAUACCCGAAACCCCUGGACACUAUCGAAAGUCCUGCUGUUCUGGACUAUCGUUAGAAUUGUUUGAUGCUAUAGCAAAGAAGUUGAAGCUGUCCUAUGAUCUCUUUAUUCCUGAAGAUGGAUUAUAUGGAGGCUUCCACAAUGGAUCCUGGAACGGUGUUAUAGGUGAGAUCCAUAGAGGGGAAGCGGAUGUUGGCGCCCAGGUUUUUGCACCAAACGAAGCUCGAAGUCAUGUUGUUGAUUUUACCGAGCAUUUUAUGAUUUCAUCUAUAGCUGUUAUUAUGAGGAAAUCUUCCAAGAAGGAGCUUGGAAUUGUAAACUGGAAAUUUGUUCAAGUGUACGAAAAGAACUUUAUAUUCCUAAUUGGAGCAAUGAUUACAUCAGCAAUUUUAUUUGCUUUUGCAUUCGAAAACAUUUGGGCUAAAAUCAGGGACAAACGUUUGUAUUCGAUCAGCAUGUCGUAUUUAUUUUUCUGUGGAUUGACAUUGCAGAGGGAUAUUGCUGGCAAAGUACCCAAAAGAUGGUCAACCAGACUGCUUUCAAUUAUCUACUCCUUGUCUAUUCUAAUCAUUAUGACAACUUAUACAGCUCAAUUGACAAAAACCAAUGUAUUUUAUGGAAGAAAUACUAAUGUCAAUGGAAUCAAAGAUCAAAAGAUUUUGUCGCCGUCAUUAAAAUUUAAAUUUGGUGUUGAAAAAGGUACAGUUACAGAAAGCUAUUUUCAAUAUAGUAAUAUAAAAACGUUCUCCAAUGUUUACCAAUAUCUCGAACAGCAUCUCAUAUCCCCACCACAAUCCGGAUUCGAACUUGUUCAUACAGGGAAGUUAGAUGCUUAUAUUGGUGAUUACGUGUAUGACUUUCAUCGUAUUGCAACAAAAGAGUUUUGCUCAGAUUUAACAAUCAUCCAAGAUGACACAUAUGUCACAUCGUACACGUUUCCCGUGAGGAAAAAUUCAAAAUUAAAAGAAAAAUUAUCCGAUGAAAUAAGAACAAUGAAAAACAACGGUCGAGCAGCAAAUAUUAUAGAUAAAUGGCUGGGUAAUGUAAAUUGUUCAACCAUGGAGCCUGGCGCCGACAAAUUUAGCUGGCAAUAUGCAGGAGGUCUAUUAGUACUGAUGGGAGCUAGUUUGGCAUUGGGUUUGGUCGUUAUUUUAUGCGAAAAAUUUUACAUUCAAUUCUUGGCGGGCAGAAAAUUAUAAAAUGCAACAGAAAAUAACAAUUGAAUGCUUAGUUAAUUAUUUUAAAGUAACAAAGAUGGUCAAAUGACACGAGAGC